GCACUCCAGCGGAAGGCGACGGCCGAGGCUGGGCGCCACCUCCUCUCCCGGGGCGGAAACCUUCACUUAGGAGGGGUGGUGGAACUAAGAAGCCUUGCUUCCCCCACGAUGGCCGUGCAGCGGGCUCGUUCGGCGCUUCCUGACCGGGCCGCACACUCUCGGGCAGUGGUGGCGGCUGGCACACCCGGACACCGGGGGCGUGGGGGGAGACGAGACCAUUCAGCACCCGUUGGGGGAGGAGGGAGAAACCACUCUACCGGGGUCAUGGGGAUAGAGGAACUACCUGAAAGGGCGAGAGUGGGCGGGGAAAACCUAGCGGCCUUACUGGCGGAAAGAAACUAUUUGCUGUAGGGCGAAAAAUGUGAAGGGACCAUCUACUCUGUGUGUGUGUGUGUGUGUGUGUGUGUGUGUAAAGAAACUAUUUGCUGUAGGGCGAAAAAUGGGAAGGGACCAUCUACUCUGUGUGUGAGUGUGUGUGAGAGUGUGUGUGUGUGUGUGUGUGUGUGUAAAGAAACUAUUUGCUGUAGGGCAAAAAAUGGGAAGGGACCAUCUACUCUGUGUGUGUGUGUGUGUGUGUGUGUGUGUGUGUGUGUGUGUCCCCGAGAGAUGUGUCUGUCUCAUUCACGUGGGAGGGAGAGGGGAGUGAGUGGACGAGUCCAUUCCUGGAUCCCUUGAGGGGGUGGCUCAUACACACCUGGCUAGGAGGGGACGCUCCCAUUUUCCCCUGACAUGGGAGAGAAAAAAGGAGGAUGGAAAAAUGUGAAAAUCAGAGGCUCAGAGUGCCAGGACCUUAGCGAGCCUAUCAGUUCAUAGGCUUCAUAGCCCGCCCCUGCUCAAAAACACUGGUUUCAGUCAUAAUAUCUAAACCGUGUGUGUCUUUGCAUUACAGACAUUACUGAUCCUGCAAGGAGGGUAGUAGAAGAUGCAGCAAGAUAAAGGAAAUUAGAGAUGCUGCAAGGCCCGAGUCCAGCCUGGCAACCCUCAGCUCAUCUUACAGAUGUGUGGUCUUUGCUCCCCUCCCUAAAUCUAUAGCUGACCAACAACUUCAUCUGGGGCACCAUGGACCCCAAGGGGCCAACCCCCAAGCCUUUCCAGCGGCCUGAGAAACCUGGUCGUGUCCGUCGUCGGAAGACCAGGCGGGAACGUAAUGAGGCCCUCAUGGGCAGUCGGCGGCCAUUGACUCAUCAGGAUCCUUCUCUGGCCAGUCGGGAUCCACAUGUGGUCCUCCGGAAUUCUGUGGCCCCUACUGUUCCCAAGCUUGUGGUCAUAACCCAGGGCCGGCUGAGCCGGGAGCAUCGGGGUCUCUUCAACCACGAGGUGAAAUCUUUGGAUGUGGCACGGCUGCUUAGCAGUGGUUCUCUGGAGCCAAGCACUCCUGCACUUCCCACCAGAUCUUCCCCAAGCCCAGACAGAGCCCAAGAACGAGCCCUACAGUCAAGGGGCAAGGAGAACCAGGUGAUGGGAGGCUCAGGCCCAGGCCCACCCAGUCCCCCACAGAUCCCUAGCUUGGGACAGCUGCUGGUGGAGCUUCAGUACCAGUUGAUUCUGCCACAGGCCUUUCCCAGGAGGAACCUAGUACAAGAAGCCAGAGAUGCUAUUGUGAGCACCUUACAGGCUUGUCAUGGCUGUGUGCCUGACCUUACCCUGGUGCUCCGGAGCUGCCAGCCACACUUGCCAGAGACCCAGCCUGCGGGCCCUGAGAGACAAAAGAUGACGUCUUCCUGGAUCCACAGCCCUGAGCAGGCCCCAGGAGAGAGGAGGCAGAGGAGGCAACUGGGGACAAAGGAGCUCACCUUCGCCAUGCCUCACAACCACACUCCUACUGUGGACCAGGAGAGCCUGGCACGAUCGAAAGGUCCUUGGCCACCUCCAUCAUCCUUGUUGCCUUCACCAUCUGGGGUGGCCUGGGGCCCCCCAACAGCUUUUGAUCUGCUGAAAAGUAUCUGGCUGGUAGCCACACCACCCCCAUCCCAGCCCUGGGGGGUUGGCCCACCCCAUCCCCUGACUCAGCCACCAUCACCCUUGCUGUCCCGAACCUCUGCCCUGGACUGGAGCCCCAGCCCCCCUGCCCCGCUACCCAGCCUCUCCUGGGUUGUGGCCCAGAGCAGCCCAGAGGCCUGGUCCUUUCCACCCAUGAGACUGUAUUGAGGGGGCUGAGGCUGAGUUGGGGACAGGAAUCCCACACUCUGAUCACUUCAAUAAAGUACCUUCUUUAUGGUC